AUAUUUUGUUAAUGUUUACACACCUUUUUGGAGGGGAUGGAUCUCUGUCAACAAUUACGAAUUUAAAGCCGUAAAUCUUUCAAUAAUUCCUUUUAAGCAACUUAAAUCUCAGCCUGUCUGUUCUGAUUGUACCAUAAACGAAGGGAACCAUGAGCUCGUCUUCAAUCAAGCUGACAAUAGCGCUUGAUAUCGGUGCUCGCCAUUCCGGUUACGCCUAUUCCCUCACGGAUGACCCCGGUAACGUGGUUUGUAGCUCGUUUGGUGACGUCACAAGGACGGCUUCUAGUAUACUGCUUAACAAAGACGGUCAAUUCCUGUCAUUUGGACACGAUGCCGAGGCUCAGUUCCAGACGACAAAUUUAGCAGGAAGUCAGAUUGGUCUGCUUUACCGAAACUUCAAGCGUGCCCUCUACAUAAAUGGUUUAAACAAGAGGACAGACAUUGAUGACGUCAGUGGGAAGGCCAGUCGGAAAGUGUACGAUUUGUUUGUAAUGGCCAUCAGGUACCUCAAAAACCACGCUAUACGCGCGCUGAACCGUCACGUGGCCACAUAUAGCGAGAACGAGGCUCGAUACGUCAUCGUGGUUCCCGCGUUCGCGACAGACCGGGCAAAGUGGUUUGUUCGACAAGCGAUGAUGCAGGCUGGCAUUGAAGCCAACAGGAUAGCCCUUGCCUACGAAGGUGAAAUGGCGUCCCUGUGGGCUCAGCGCAUGAUUGGAUCCGUAUCCAAGAAAGGGACGAAGUAUAUGGUUGUCAACAUAGGUGGAGACGUUGUGGACAUUGUCGCCCAUCAGUCAGUAGACAACGGUCACGUGGAAUCAUUGGGCGCACCUAGCGGCGGCUUGUGGGGAGGAGAGAAUGCAGUCACGUGCUUCCAGUCGUUUUUCUCACUUCUUUUUGGGUUGUCUGUAGUGGAGACCUACGCGUCGACUCACUUGGCCAACUGGCUCUCUUUUGUGCAUAAGGCGAUGACGGAUAUAGAAAACAUGGAAGCUGGUGAUUCAACUCGGACAUUCACAAUCCCUAAAAAAAUAGUUGACAUGGCUUGCAAAAGUAAAGGCAUAUCAGACUCAUCAGAACUUGAAAAAGAGAUUUCAACUCCCAAUUGUGGCGGUCAUUUUGAACUCCAUGGCAACAGCUUAAAGGUGAUGGUUGCCGCCAUUGCGGGGAUGUAUCAGUUCACGGUCAUUCAUGUCAAAAACGCGGUGGAUACCCUCCUUACACACGUGGGAGCUUUCGAUCACGUGAUUGUUGUCGGAGGCAUGAGCAAGUGUCCGAUUUUCCGGAAGCAGCUACAGGACCGGCUGGCCAAAGUGUCAUUUCCGGAAGACGGCGACGUGUUCACUGUUCAAGGAGCAGUUUUGUUCGGUAACGACGAAUCGCUUGUGAGAUCGCGAUACGUAUCAGUUACAUAUGGACUCCACAUGACGGUACCUUACGACGAAUCAAAACACAAGGAAGGCAACACAGUCGAUAUAAAUGGCAUCAAAAUGUGCACCGAUAGUUUUCAUCCGAUUAUCAGAGCUGGAAGUAAAUUGAAGUACAAUGAAUCGAUUCACGAAAAUGACAUACCGCUGUCUGCAGACGACAAAGUACAGGAAGUCAGAAUAGUCUCGUGUGGUCUGGUUCCCAAUCUUCCUACUCUAGCGACUCACUUUUCUGUUAACCGGGAAGCAGUUAUAAAGUUUCCUCUUCCGUUUGGAUGCCAGGUGGAGAACAAAGCGUUCGAAAGGAUCGCACAAGUUGGGGGUACCGAACUCUCGUUUAAGUUCACGUUCAAAAAGGGCGCACGAGAAAUAUUUGUACGGUAUUUGGAAUAUGAGUGAUAAAUAUCCUUUCGCAAACGACCAUGACUUUUUAAUAUAUGCGCAUGCAUGUGCUAAUUCUUUUUUAUGUUUUAUUUUGCAGACGACCUCAACAUGGUCAAAACACUUGACCGUGGUUAAAGAGGUAAAUGUGUAAGAAUGUAGUUGCACGUAUAGUAACAAAUAUUACACUUUUACUUUGCGCUUGCUAUUGAGUAUUUUUGUAAUUAAUCUUAACAAAUUAUUUUAGCAUACCCUAAUAUACCUAAUAUUGAGCGAACAGUUUAUUACAAUAUGGUUUGUAUUUAUCUGAACGCUUAUUUUAUAAAAAGGCAUUGCCGAAAAGAGAUAUUUGAGUGGAUUUGCCAUCCAGCAAAAUUUGAAUUGACUCGCCGACUAAGUGAUAUUCGUUGACCAGUGAAAUUUGAAUGGACUUGCAGACCUGUGAUACAUGUAUUUCAAUCGACUCUCCGACCUGUGAUAUCCGAAUAGACUCGUGGACCAGUGAACUUUGAAUAGAAUCGCCGAUCAGUGACAUUUGAAUUUCCGAUACAGCUACAAAGCAAAGCGACAAAGGCAUUGAAAGUUUGUUUGCAAGAUAAAGGGAAGUUUCUGCUGAAGUAAAUGUUAAACGAACAGUUAACUAGUAAAAAUCUAAAAUUCUAUACAAGAGAAAGUUAAUCUAAGAAUAAGUACAAAUAAAUGAAACACGAAGUGAUGAAAUGUUGCUGCAAAACAUCCUAUAUCAAUCGGAAAAUAAGAAACACGUAUCAGGGGAACUUGGUAUUUUGCGAGCAAGUAAAUACCCGGAUAGAAAUGUUUUAAUUUGGAGAAAAAUAGUUCCCUACAGAUAUGCCCGUUGAUUGUUUAUUGAAAAUAUGAAGUAAAUAUUGCUCUUAACUAUAACAGGUUCAUUUAAGAUUGUUGUACUGGUUGGUAAUUGACGUCAUUAUAACAUCAUUGUUAUUUGCGGGACUGAACGACUUUUUCGUUCGGAA